GCCGCUUCCGCCCUUCCGCCCCGCGCCGCGCGCCGCCCGCCAUGGCCAAGAUCAAGGCCCGAGACCUGCGCGGGAAGAAGAAGGAGGAGCUGCUGAAGCAGUUGGAGGAUCUGAAGGUGGAGCUGUCGCAGCUGCGCGUGGCCAAAGUGACCGGCGGGGCCGCCUCCAAGCUGUCCAAGAUCCGAGUGGUGCGCAAAUCCAUUGCCAGAGUGUUGACUGUCAUCAACCAGACCCAGAAGGAGAACUUGAGGAAGUUCUACAAGGGCAAGAAGUACAAGCCCCUGGAUCUGCGGCCCAAGAAGACCCGGGCCAUGCGGCGCCGGCUCAACAAGCACGAGGAGAACCUCAAGACCAAGAAGCAACAGCGAAAGGAGCGAUUGUACCCGGCCCGGAAAUUCGCCAUCAAGGCAUAGCCCUGAGCAAGCUGCAGCUGCAGGCUGGGGGCUGGGGAUGGCUCAUUAAAUGGAGUUUGGUUUGGUU